GACCAAAGAGGCCAGAUCCUUCAUUUUAUAGGUUCUUGUAUAUGCUAACUCUAGUUUCCUUCACUGCUUGGCCGUAUGGUGCAGCACUAGUUCCGGAAUAAGCAGGAUCAUAAGCGAGAGUACUCUCAUUUCCUCUCUGAUUUGUAUGUUGCGGUCUGUGGUUUGCGGUAUUUUGGAUAUACGUUAAAAUGGAAAACGUCAAAAAACUUUGAAUAGAUUUUAACGAAGUACUUUUGAAUGACAAUGCUAGAAAGUAUGAUGGUUGAAUCAACAUGAGAAAGAACGUUCUUAACCGUCUUUCCUUUUAAAUAAAUAUUAAUAAGCUAUGUAAAUUUUGCCAUUGACAACUGAUAUGAUAUGAUCAUGGCGGAAUCUACGAAGACAGAGGAUGAUAAAAUUAAGUGUAACAUUUUAAUCGUCGGAGCUGGAAUGGCUGGAUUGUCAGCUGCAAAUCAUUUACUGAAGAAUCAAGAGACCGAUUUUUUGAUUGUCGAAGCACGAGGUCGCAUAGGUGGGCGUAUAAUCGCUACCAAAAUCGGCAAUGAAAAAGUAGAAUUAGGAGCAAAUUGGAUCCAUGGUGUCCUAGGGAAUCCAAUGUUUGAAUUAGCUAUGGCAAAUGGAUUAAUAGAUAUAGUACAUGUACCAAGGCCUCAUAAAGUUGUAGCUGCUAUGGAAGAUGGGAAACAAUUGCCUUUUCCAGUUUUGCAAGAAAUUUAUGAAGCUUAUGUGUGUUUUUUAAGAAGAUGCGAGGAAUAUUUCUUAAGUACUUAUAGCCCCCCAGAUGGAAUAAACAAUGUUGGAGCACAUGUGUCAUUAGAGGCUGAGAUUUAUUUAUCAACCUUGCCAUCUGAAGAAAGAAGAAUCAGACAGUUAUUGUUUGAUUGUUUACUCAAAAGAGAAACUUGUAUUACUGGCUGUGAUAGCAUGGAAGAUGUCGAUUUGUUGGAAAUGGGAUCUUAUGCUGAACUUCAAGGUGGAAAUAUUAGUCUUCCAAAUGGAUACAGUGCUAUAUUAGAACCAGUUUCAAAACACAUACCAAAGAGCACCAUUCUAACUAAACAUGUUGUCACUAAGAUUAGGUGGCAAAGAAACAAAUGCAUGGACAAUGAAAAUUCCAAUAACUGUUCUAAUACAAAUUCACCUAUCGAAAUACAAUGUGAAAAUGGAAAAACAAUAUUAGCUGAUCAUGUUAUUUGUACAUUGCCAUUAGGAGUACUUAAGGAAAAAGCUAAUGAUAUAUUUGAACCACCUUUACCAAAUGACAAACUUGAAGCCAUAGAUAGACUUUUAUUUGGUGCUGUAGAUAAAAUAUUUUUAGAAUAUGAAAGACCAUUUUUAAAUCCUGGUGUGUCAGAAGUAAUGCUCCUAUGGGAUGAUAGAGGACUGUCAGAGGAAGAGAAGCAGGACAUUAGUAAAACAUGGUUCAGAAAGAUCUAUUCUUUUACGAAAAUUUCGGAAACUCUAUUACUGGGUUGGAUAUCAGGAAAAGCUGCUGAAUACAUGGAGAAAUUAAGUGGAGCGGAAGUAGCAGAAGUAUGCACAUCGAUAUUAAGGAGAUUUCUUAACGAUCCGUUUGUACCAGCACCAAAAAAUUGUUUGUGCACCUCGUGGCAUUCACAGCCAUAUACGCGUGGUUCCUACACUGCUAUGGCUGUUGGUGCAAGUCAAUUAGACAUUGAUCGUUUAGCUGAUCCUAUAUUACAAGAAGAUGAUCCUUCGAAAAUAGUAAUAGCGUUUGCAGGUGAACAUACGCAUUCUUCCUUUUAUAGUACGGUACACGGGGCAUAUUUAACCGGUCGGACCGCUGCCCAAGCACUUUUGGACUCGAGAAAGAACGAAAAGAAUUCAUUGAGUCUCAGUUGCGAAGAGACAAGUGAUCUAAGUUCAUGGAUACAAGGAAUUUCUCUAAAUUAAAUAUUAAAAGUUGUUUUAAGAAAAGGUGAAUCGGAAGUUAUUCUCUAUAUCGAAAUUUUCACACAAUUGAGCACAAUUUAUUAUCGUGGUACGAAGAAUAUUUUACACACUGUCGAAAUCGAUGACAAUUGUGAUUUAUAGAUGUUUGGUAUUAACGCGAAAUCUUGUGAACUAUUUUAAUUUUGUAAAUAAUAUAGCGAAUUGUUUAUAUUAUGUACAUAACAACGCCUGUUUAAAAUUUUAAGACUUUAUAAAUAUGUAUUUUGCGAUUUGAUCUACUAUCAUACUUUUCUUCUUAAAUAAUCGAGAAAAGAAUGACAGUAUGAAAAUCGUAUCACGAACAUGCUUCAUUUUAUAGGGUCACCUAACAUCAGUUAUACAAAUUUUAUAUAAUUAAUGCUAUCAUAAGUGCUUUUUAUCCUUAAUAGAAAUUCAGACAAUUUAGUGAUCGCUAAUCACUGCAUUAAAUAAUGAAUUGAUUUUUACCUCUCUAUGGACAAAGUGAAUGUAACAUGAUCUUACUUUGACAAAGAAAUAAAAUUAAACAUCUAUAUUUGCAUAGCAAAUUUAGUAAUAUUUGUUGUUAUAUCUACACAUAUAUCUAUGACUAUAUAUAGAUGAUAAUGGACAAAAUAUCAAAAUUAUACAAUUCCAAAAUUGCCAGUUGUUUUAUUUGAAUUUAUUCUUAUUUCUGAAUUUUUAUAUGCCGUUAUUUGAAAGUAUUAUUAUAAAGUGCAUUUUAUCUAGUCAUAUUACGUUAUUACGCAUUAUAGUUUUUAAAUAUGCAACAAAAAUAUCCUUUAUCUUUUAUAUGUUUCUUUUUAAUGCAAAUAAUGUAUCAGCUUAGAAUAAAAUUAAUCAGUGAUCUACAAUAUGAAUCAGUCCUGCAUAUCCAUUUUGCAAACAAGACAAUAGAAAUACGUAGGUGACCAUAAAUUAUGUUUAAAAUGUGAUAGAAGACCUUGCAAUACUAUUGUUUUCUUACGUACAUUUAAUACUACUCUAAGAUUCUUUUUAAUACAUAUUACAGAUUUUUAACAUCCCAAAUAUACAUUUAUUUUUUUGCAACUGCCACUUAAUAUUACUCAUGACAACGCAAAUUGAAAUGUAAUUGAUAAAACCAAAAAAAUGUUAUAUUAUGCACAGAUAGAAUUACGAUUGAAAUAAAUAAUUUUCAGUAAUUA